CUGGGCAUUGCGCUCAUGUGAUUGUCACGACCCAGGCUCGUUCCCCAGUCGUUAGUUAAAACACACCGCAACUGCACCACACCACAAUUCGCUGCUUAAUUGCCGAUAAAUAAUUUUCCGGGUAACCAGCAACUAAGGAUAAGUGGCCUUUUUCUCGUCAACAUAUCAUACGACACGUACUUUCUGGAACAAAACACGCCUAAGGGAGCCAAAGAUUACUAAACAUGUCUCAACAAAAAGAACCCAUCCGUGUCUUGAUCACCGGUGCCGCUGGGCAGAUUGCAUACUCACUUUUGUACCAAAUCGGCAAGGGUGAUGUGUUCGGACAAGAUCAGCCUCUCUAUCUUCACCUCUUGGACAUUCCAGCUAUGAUGGGGGUGCUGGAAGGCGUGGUAAUGGAAAUGAUGGACUGUGCCAUGCCGCUGGUGUGUGGCGUCGUUCCGACUGCUGAUCCCGUUGAAGGUUUUCGUGACGUGGACGCCGCGUUUUUGGUAGGAGCUAUGCCACGCAAGGAAGGAAUGGAAAGGAAAGACUUGCUCGCUGCAAAUGUUAAAAUAUUCAAAGUUCAGGGACAAGCUUUGGAUAAAUAUGCCAAGAAAACGGUGAAGGUGCUGGUGGUUGGGAAUCCAGCAAAUACAAAUGCUCUGGUUUGCUCGAAAUAUGCUCCUACUAUUCCACCAGAGAAUUUUUCUGCAAUGACACGCCUUGAUCAGAACAGAGCACAGGCUCAGAUUGCUGCGAGGUUGGGCGUGGGAGUUGAUGCAGUUAAAAAUAUUUUCAUCUGGGGUAAUCACAGCUCUACACAGUAUCCAGAUGCUCGUCACGGUGUGGUCAAGAAAGGAAACGACGACAUCAAAAUGAUCGAUGCUCUUCCAGAUCAAGCUUGGCUUCAGGAUCAAUUUGUCACGACUGUGCAAAAACGAGGUGCUGCCGUUAUUGCAGCUCGGAAAAUGUCUUCCGCAAUGUCUGCUGCAAAGGCCGCUUGCGACCAUAUGCGAGAUUGGUGGUUGGGAACACCCGAUGGGUCAUACGUCUCAAUGGGCGUUUUGUCUGACGGUUCAUACAAUACUCCACCUGGUGUCAUCUUCUCUUUCCCAGUGGGUAUCAAGGACAAGAAAUGGACAAUUCUCCAAGGACUUUCGCUUGAUGACUUCAGCAAGGGCAAACUUGAGCAAACUGGCCAAGAAUUGAUUGAAGAACGCGAAGAAGCAUUUUCCGUUUGCGCUGAUUGACUAGAUGAAAGCAACGCUACAACAACUGGGCCUUCUAGACUAUAGACAAGGGAAAACGAAUGGCCUAAAUCAUUUCCGUAGCCUACACAAUCUCACAGGAAUAAAAUUUCUGUGUCAUUAUAUAAUCAUUCUGAUCAAAUUAGAUGCCAUUAAUUCUUGCUUUAAUUUCGAGUUUUACUGUUUGGUUCGAGUUUAUUCCAUAUUCUUGUCAAAUGUGUCGCCAUAAAUAAUCUUGGGAACAUGAACAUAUUUUUGCUUUGUAGUUAUUUUCAACACUCUACAAUCCUUGAGUGAGAUUAGUUUCAAAAGAAAUAAAAAUACACCAUGAGCUCAUA